CCCCCCCCCCCCCGCAUCCCAAAUUUUCUGAACCUGGAAAUUCUAUUCGUGAAUGCUUGUCACAGCUUAAGGAAUCUCAUAUCAUCCGCAAUAUCCUUCAACAAUCUAACAGCUUUGCAAGUAAUUAACUGCAAGGGAUUGAAAUACUUGAUAACUCAAUCUAUGGCCAAAUGUUUAAUGCAACUUGUAACACUGGAAGUCGUGAUGUGCCGAAGUCUGGUGGAAAUAGUGGGAAGCAAUGAAGAUGACGAUUUAAGUCAUGAGAUUACAUUCAGGCGGUUGAAACAUUUGAAACUAUCUGGUCUACCAAGACUGCAAGGCUUUUGCUCGGGAAAUUGCAUUGCUAAAUUCCUGUCCUUGGAAACUUCAACCAUGAGCCACCGCCUCAAAUUGAAGAUUUUCGCAACUCAUGACCAAACGCUACAGCUAACAAAUGAAGAGGCAGACACAGAUAUCGACGAGAAGCUGAUUGCUGAGGAUGAAAUGAAUUCAGCAAUACAUGCAGACAUACAUGCAGUUGGCGAUGGGAUCCUCCCACAUUUAAGAGGGUUGAACCUUUACGGGAUGCGGAAGCUGAUGAAUCCUAGGGAGGAUAGCUGGGGACCAGCAUGCCCAUAUUUUCCAAAUCUAGAAUUUUUGAAGAUAGAUGACUGUGACAGCUUAAACGCCUUAAAGAACUUAAGAUCAUCCACAAUAUCCAUCAAGAAUCUAAUAACUUUGCAAGUAAGUCGUUUAAAGGGAUUGAAAUACUUGAUAUCUUUCUCCAUCGCCAAAAGUUUGAUGCAAGCACAAACCUAGAAGUUCAGGAUUGUGAGGAAAUGAUAGGAAUAGUGGGGAGCAAUGGACACAACCAUUCUAGAAAUGAGAUUGAAUUCAGGUUGUUGAAACAUUUGGAACUUUCUGCUCUACCAAGUCUGAGAGGCUUCUGCUCAGCAACUCGCAUUGCCAAAUUCCCGUGCUUGAAAAAUUUAUCGAUGAGAAGUUGUACUCAAUUAGAGGCAUUCAUCUUUGACCCUACAGAUAAAAGUAAUACAAUUGGCAAGGAUAUCAAAGACACCUACUUAAAUGAAAACAUUGAGAUUGGAGUAGUGCAACAAUUCCUUUUUGACAACAAGGUUGAAUUUCCGAGGUUGAAGAGUUUGUCUAUGGAGGGUCUAACAAAGUUGACCUCAAUAUGGCACAGUCAACUUUCUCUAAACUCCUUUAGUAGACUCAAAGACCUUCAAGUACAUGGAUGUGGAAAUCUAAUAAAUAUCUUUGUGCCCAGUACUUUGGGAAGAUUGAAUGCUCUUGAGACCUUAUUGAUAAAGGAGUGCAAGUCUGUACAAGUUGUAUUUGAACUCGGAGGAAUUGGUGUUAGAGGAAUACAUGACACGUUAGCAACAACUCAGCUGAGAUCUUUUGACUUUGAAAAUCUAGAUUCGGUAGAAAUUGAUUCUUGUGAGAGUUUGAAAAACAUUUUUCCAGUUUCGGUGGCUAGAAAUCUCCACCAGUUAAAAAAGCUGAUAGUGAAGAGUUGUGGAGUUCAGGAAAUUGUCGCAAGGGAAGAGUCAUUACAAACAACACCUCAGUUUGUGUUUCCAAAAAUAAGAAAUGUGAUUUUUUGUGAUAUGUCCCAACUCACAAAUUUCUACCCAGGAAUACAUGUGUCCAGUUGGCCAUCACUUAAUGAGUUGAUGGUGGUACAAUGUGCUAAAAUCAAAGUGUUUGUUGCGAAAAUCUCAAGUUUUGAAGGACAUAAUGAGUCGGAACGUCUCUGUGUUCUUCACCCGCAAUCUCUCUUUUUAAUUGAGAAGAAUGGUUUGCCUAACUUUACAAGCUUGAUGGUUCACCGAUGUGAUGGUUUAAAUUUCUUACUGGUAUCUUGCAUGGCAAGAAGUCUUGUAAAACUCAAACAUUUUGUGAUAUCUAAAUGUCAAAGAAUGGAAGCAGUAUUGACAAAAGAACACAGUGAAGAAAACAAGGAUGACAUGUUUCCUGAUUUAAAAGAACUGGAGCUAAAGGAUCUUCCUCUGAAUGUCAAAGAAUGGAAGCAGUAUUGACAAAAGAACACAGUGAAGAAAACAAGGAUGACAUGUUUCCUGAUUUAAAAGAACUGGAGCUAAAGGAUCUUCCUCAUCUUGUUAGAUUCUGCUCAGGAAAUUAUUUUGAAUUUGCAUCUAUGGAGAUAUUGCAAUUAGAAAAGUGUGCUAAAUUGGAGACAUUCAUCUGUAAUCCCUCGAGUAACAGUAUUGCAAGCCAAAAAGAAAUGGAAAGAGUGGACAAGAAUGAGAACCUUGAGACAGUAGUACCAUACUUUCUUUUUGACAAAAAGGUAGGGCUUCCAAGGUUGGAGAGAUUGAUUAUCAAUGAACUACCGAAGCUCACAACAAUUUGGCACACCCAACUUGCUCCAAACUCUUUCCACAGACUGGAAGACGUUACAGUGCAACAAUGCAAUGGUCUUAAAUAUAUUUUUCAAGUCUCCAUCAUAGCCGGUGUUUUUCAGCAGCUACAAAAGUUGAUAGUAAAGGAAUGUGUAGUGGAGGAAAUAGUUCUCAGGAAGAGGGCGUAGAAAAAUUAAUGCCAGAUCAGUUCUUCCCAGAGCUAACAUGUUUGGAAUUUACAAGUCUAUUCCAACUUGAGAGAUUCUAUCUAAAGAUGCCUGCUAUCAACUGGCCACUAAAAACAUUAGUGUUGUCUGAUUGUCAAAAAGUGGAUAUCUUUACCGCGGAAGUUUCAGGCCUUCAGAAAACACAUGACUUGGGGAAUCUGCGUACUCGGGUUAAACAAUAUCCUGUUCUAUUUGAGAAGAGUUCAUUUUCCAAACUGGAAGUUUUGACCUUCGGCCCCGCGAACAUCUGGUACGGUCUACCUGCCCAUGAGAAAGCUCUUUUUCCUGCUACCAGUACAGAUGGGUCCCUUCCACAUUUGAGAACGUUGAGGCUACAUGGAAUGGAGAAGUUUAUGCGUCUCUGGGAGAACACCAAACCUGCAGCUGGCUCAGCUUUUCCAAAGAUGGAAACUCUUGAGGUGAAGAAUUCUGAAUUGACUAAUCUAGAGUUGUCUGGAAUAUCCUUCCGGAAUCUAACAAUUUUAGAAGUAACCUUUUUGUUUUUAUUAUUACUAGCCUUCCUGCACUCAUGAGUAACAUUUCAAAUAUGCGUAGCAAAAGAGGAAGGACAAUACGCACGCGCCAUUGCUCUUCCGGGCGUGUGUGUUUCAAUUGCUCUGCAGCCAUUUUCAAAUCUUCAGGCCUCAUGUUCUUCAUGCUCUCUGAUGCCAUCUUCAUCAACUCUGGAUUAGCCAUCAUCUGCAAUGCCAUUCAAAAACACAUUACAAACACUUAAAACUGAAAAAAGCCUACCACCAGCAAUUGAAAUACACACAGAAUGUGCGUGAUGACGCGGCAGAGACCGCUUCAAAGUGAUGCGUUUUCAUGAAAUAAAGCUUUAAAACCCGGGGGAAUAUAGUAAUUACGCAUGCGAGCCCGAAUAUUCGACAGUUCUACGACACUUCGUUUUCCAAUUCAUUCCGAAACAGAAACAAAGAAAGAGGAGAAGAAGAAGAAGGACCUUUCUUUCUUACUUUAAUUUUAUUUAUUUCAGAUUUGGUGGGCGACCGGAGCUCCGACUUUCCUUGGUAUCGAGACCCUUAUUUUGUUGUGUUCCUCUCUACCUAUUUAACUCCUGGAACCCUUUUUCCCUUUACCCAAAAUUCUCGAAUCCGUCUCGGUUGUUAGCGAUCAAAGACCGCCAAUUGCUUGGGAAGUCAAAAUGUUCAACGAGAUGAAUAUGAUGGAUCCAGAAUUGAUGAAACUCGCUUAGGAGCAGAUGAGUCGGAUGUCGCCGACCGAUUUCACCAGGAUGCAACAACAGAUGAUGGCUAAUCCAGAGUUGAUGAAGAUGGCAUCAGAGAGCAUGAAGAACAUGAGGCCUGAAGAUUUGAAAAUGGCUGCAGAGCAAUUGAAACACACACGCCCGGAAGAGCAAUGGCGCGUGCGUAUUGUCCUUCCUCUUUUGCUACGCAUAUUUGAAAUGUUACUCAUGAGUGCAAUAUAAUUUCUGUGUUACAUAUUACCUAACUCUUACCCCAUACAGAUAUUAUAAAAUAUUGUAUAUGUCUUUAGCAAUCCA